GAAGCGAUUGCUUCAAGCUUUUUCUCCCCCAUAUUCUAGAUGUCCCACAUUGCUUCAGAUCCUGCUGAAACGUCGCGAGAUCCUGCCGCACUUUUCUCUUUUGAGACUUGGGGCCAACUAUCGCGGAUAGAACUCUAAGCUAUUAUCACGAAUAGGAAAAGUUUAGUACCUAGAGUGUGACAGCGCUUCUGUUUUACACCCGGUCACCGACGAAAUGCAGGGCGCCUCGAGCUGCGCAGGGUCGAAGCUAAGCCUAUUGUCGUCGUGAGCCUGUCAAGAUGACAUCGUCGGUUAGUAUGUAGUAUAGCUACUCGUCGGUUCUUAGAAUAUGUAUAAGUAGCCAAGAAUCCCGCGAUAAUUCAACGAUUUCUCUUCUUCAUUCCGCUAUCAAUCAUUAAAACAACUCGUCUCAUUCUUCUUCAUUCUAUUUCGUUCCUAUUCGUAUUCUUGGUGGCCGGACCUCCUUUUUAACUAUCAUUCACUUCUCUUGAAUACGAUCCCGUGGACGUGUACAGCUUCUAUUUUUCUCAGCCAACCGCUUUUCUACCCAACCAGUCAAAAUGAAGUUCUUCUCCAUCCUAGUUCUCGCCACCGCCGCCAGCGCCAUGGUGAUGCCUCGUCACCACGCUGGGCGCAAAGCCAACGGCGGCAACAACAACAACGCCGCUGCUGUAGCAGCAGGUACUGGAAACAACGGCAAUGCCAAUGCUAACAACAAUGCCGCUGCUGCUGCCGCCGCUACCGGUAACAAUAACAACGCCGCCGCUAACAAUGCCAACGCAUGCAACAACAACAACAAGCGUCACCACGCCGGGAAGAAAGCCAACGGCAAUAACGCCGCCGCCGCUACCGCAGCCGAUGCUACCGCAGCCGAUGCUAACUGCAAUUAAUAACGCUUGUAUAUUCCUCAGGGCGAUGAUAUUUGGGUUUUACCGAGGCUUGUUGUAAUCUUUUAGCUGUGAAGUACGAUGCCUCUUAAGAAGUUUGAUAGAAAGCACUAGCGCGCAUGAGCAAAGUGUACAUAUAGAAUGAAGAUUAUUUGAGCGAGAAAUCCUUCCCGGAUCUGUGACUGUUUGACACUUCGAUGCUUUACAUAAUAAUCUUCGGAUGACGAACGAUUGGAGGAAGCAACUUUUAUACGGUAU